AUGUCCUACUCAUGGCGCAGUGCGAUUUCUAUUUCAGAUGUCGAGGUACCGCUUGACUUUAGCAAGGCAACAACAACGACCUCAGCAGAGCCAAGUUCAACACCAUCCUCAACUCCACAAGCAGAACCUGAAACAAAGGAGAAGGUCUCGGAAGCUCCACCUCCGCCAGAGCCACCUGCCAAGGUGAUACCGGAUCAUCCGAAAUACAAACCGGACCGUCCUCCGCCUCCAGAAGUCGUUGACAACUUCCCAAUUGCGGCUGCUGCUCACUCUGCAGCGGAUCUUCCCAGUAUACCGCCUUGGAAUCUACCACCAAGCCCUCACGUACCAGAGAAAACACCACUGUUCAUCGGCUUUACAAGAAAUUGGCUGUUGUUACAGCAGACUGUUGUAAGUCACAUCACAGCAGGAUGGCCAGCGGAGGAUAUAUAUGUGUUCGAGAAUACUGGAACCAUGAACUCCAACGAACGGGGCCUGCUUUCUCUGCAGAAUCCGUUCUUCCUCAAUCAUACCCGCUUGCACAUGUUUGGAGUUAACAUCAUAACGACCCCAACACUUCUUACAUUUUCUCAACUGCAGAACUUCUACAUAUAUACCGCGAUUGAGAAGAAUUUCACAACGUACUUUUGGGGACACAUGGAUGUCAUUGCUCUACCCUUUGAGGCCAAGUACGAUGGACGGUCAGGAAACGCUACGGGUGCCGAUGUUGGACGUUUUGAGAGUUUCAAAUCGCCAUAUAAGCUUGCAGUAGAAGCUUUACGAAAUGCUACAUCCUCAGCACCCGACGUCAAUGCAAUCGAUCCAACGCGGCCAUGGGCUAUACGUUUCUUCAGCUAUGAUCGGCUAGCAUUAGUGAAUCGGGAAGCAUUCGAAAAGAUUGGGGGAUGGGAUACUUCAAUCCCAUACUACUUCACCGAUUGUGAUAUGCAUGAGAGAAUUCCGAUGAAUGGAUUCGAUUUUCCUCCUGGCGAUGUUUCGAUUGGGAACUUUACAGAUGUUGCAGGCACGUUAGAUGAUCUAAUCGUGUUGUACCGUAAGAAAAAUACUGUUCAGGCGAAUUUUACGAUGGAAUGGGAUCCUGAAGAAGCAAGAAAAGAGGAGGAAGAGAAAGCGGUCAAGGAUCUGGACAACCGCGCUGAAGUCCUUGACACUGGAGAAAAAUGGAUCUCCGACGUACCUGGAUCUGCUGCGUACAAGAGAUUGCUCGAGGUGAUGGAACAGAUGACAAAGCACAAGAAUAAGAAUGGAGGUGGUGGUCGCAACACAUGGCAGAGACUACAGACCGGCGGGCAAGGAGAGCCAUACUAUCGUGACCCGGAAGGGUUUGAUAGAGCAGUUGGAAUCAUCACACAAGCUGGUCGCGAUAUCUAUGCUGAAAAGUGGGGCCACCAGACUUGUGAUCUUCUCAAGUACAAUCGCAAGGCUGGAGAUGAGUGGAGAGUUGAGCAUGACUGGGAAUAG